AUGGACAACGAUAUUAUGAAAGAACAAGGACUACGAGUUAUUUACUACAAUCCUAAGACAGGGUUCCAAACACCAGAGACACUAUACCUUAGAGCAAUAUCAGACGGACUUGAAGUGACCAAAGUCCAAGCCAGAAAAUGGAUUAAAGAGCAGGACACAUACUCUAGAUACAGACAAGUGUUAAAUAGGCAGAAGUUCAGGCAAACGUUCGUCCAAACUUUAAGUGAGCAGUUACAAAUGGAUUUAGUUGACAUGACAAAGUACGACGACAAAAACAAGGGAUACAGGCGGAUUCUAACAUCCAUCGAAAUACUAAGUAGGUACGCGUUCACAGUACCAGUGCAUAGGAAAAACGCGGUAACAAUGAAGGACGCUGUUAGCAACUGUUUAGAGCAGUUCAAGAAUCACUUCGGGAAUACCCAAAAUUGGUUCAGUUUGACAAAGGCACAGAGUUUUACAACAAAGAAGUAAAGUCCUUACUCAACAAAUACAACAUUGAGUUUUUCUCCACUUACUCAGACAAAAAGGCCGCAGUUGUGGAAAGAUUCAACAGAACACUUAAAGCACUAAUGUGGAAGUACUUCUACAGUGCCAGCACAUACAAAUGGUUAGACGUCCUUCAAGACUUUACCGAUAAUUACAACAGUUCAGUGAACAGGUCAAUUAAAGUAAGGCCGGAUAGUAUCGAUGAAACAAAUUGGACUGAGGUAUGGAAGACACUUUUCAGUCACGACCUAGGUGAACCACUAAAACCAAAGUUUGAUGUUGGAGAAAGUGUUAGGAUCUCAAAGUACAAAUCAGUUUUGGUGAAGGGGUACGAUGAAAACUUCACGGAGGAGUUAUUCACUGUGACGGAAGUGUACCACGGACACCCGAACACAUACUCAAUCAAAGACUAA